GCUAAGUGAAGUGGUUGAUGUAAGCAUCAUCGAACCUAAAGUUGGCGUUGACAUUGUCAACAUCGUGGCCAACAUCCUGCUUUCUGAAACUGACGUCACACCAGUCACUGACAUUGUCCUUGAUCUUACAGACCAGAUGGGGAACAGUAUAGAAUUUCAAGGGGAAUCUAUAAAUAUCAAAUCUCCUGCGCUCGCCCUUUCCAUGAUUAAUGUCGAUCCAGAUCAGUUCAGUGGCCUCACCUUUGGUGUGUCUCUGUCAUCUACAACGAACCCUGAGAUAUUUGUUAACCAGAGCUUUGUCAGCAAACCACUUGCAGAAACAAGUGCGACUAUUUCCUUGCCCGCUGAGAUCAACAACUUUUUCCCACCUGGAGUCAGAAACACAACACGAGUGCAAUUUCAUUUUUAUGGAACAGCCCAACCUCUUUCAGGAUCCCUACUUAAUCAAUGAAACUGAUGGGAAUUGGACGUUAAACUCCUUUGUGGUUUCUGCCAGCGUUAAUAACAGCCAAGUUAUGAACCUGCAGGAACGAGUGGUGGUGACCUUCAAGCACGAAGAAACCAGACGGUCAAAGUGUGUGUUCUGGGAUUUCCAAAAGUACAGUAGCCUUGGUGGUUGGAACAGCAGCGGCUGUGAAACCCGUAACAUUUCCCCUCAUCAGACCAGCUGUCUGUGUGAUCACCUCACACAUUUUGGUGUCCUGCUGGAUGUAAGCCAAGGCCCAAUGGACCCCGAAGAUAUCCGGAUUCUCACAAUAAUCUCUUACCUUGGUUGUGGUCUUUCCUCCAUCUUUCUAGGAAUCACUUUGCUCACCUACCUUAUUUUUGAGAAGUUGCGUCAGGACUAUCCAUCUAAAAUACUCAUCAACUUGUCCGCUGCACUGCUGGGUUUGACCAUGUUCUUUCUUAUCGACUCGUGGCUCGCAUCCUUCUCCAGCUACGCAUUGUGCAUCACGACAGCUGCUUUUCUCCACUAUUUCCUCUUGGCUUCCUGCACCUGGAUGGGCUUGGAGGCCUUUCACAUGUACUUCGCACUGGUGAAGGUUUUCAACACCUACGUGCCCGCCUAUUUACUGAAAUUCUGCGCUGUUGGAUGGGGUAUUCCUUUGGUGAUAGUCAGCCUUGUGCUCGCCAUAGAUAAAGACACUUAUGGAAGCUUUGUUUCCUGUUGGAUUCAGAAUAACAUUUUCUACUACAUCACAGUGGUGGGAUUUAUUCUCUUCAUCUUCUUGGGCAACCUGGGCGUGUUCGUCGUGGUUCUGAUCCAGAUCAAACAAAUGAGGGCCAACAAACCGCUAGUCAAGAGCCGCAGCGCGCUGCAGGACUUCAGAGCAGUCGUCGGCCUCACUGUCCUGCUGGGCCUCACCUGGUCGUUGGGCUUCUUUUCAUUCGAACCAGCACGAGUGGUCAUGAUGUACCUAUUUGCAAUCUGCAACUCUUUUCAAGGAUUUUUUGUUUUUGUGUUCUACUGUUUGAUGAAGGAAAAUGUGAGGAAACAGUGGAAAAUUUAUUUGUGCUGUGGACGUUUCAGGGCUAAUGAAACCUCAGACUGGAGCCGCUCUGUAACAAUGGACGUUCGUAACAAAAAGGGCAAUCUUGUCAAAUCCGACUCAGUUCACUCUGACAACAACUCCUUCACCAAGUCACUGACUCCUCCACGUAAUCUCCAAAACACUCACACCGCUAGGUGGCAGUAGUGAGCUUCUGAAGCAGGAAGACAAGAUCAAUCAGUCACAAAUUUGGGUACAAAUAAUUUUUUAUAAUGAGCAGGAGAGAAAUCACAAAAAGCACAUUUCUGAAAUGUUACUCAGGAUGUUUUUUUUUUACUAUUAUGAACAUUUCACCUUAAAGUAUUGUCACAUGUGACAAGUAUACACUGAAAUGAACUAGGUUUAAUUAAUUAAUUUCAUAGAAACUGAAAAUAUUUUAGGUUAGGUUGGCAAUAGUAGAGGUAUAAAAUCCGCAGGGCACUUUCAAGGAUUUCAAAACAAAACAGAGAAACAUUUUUAUAUAUUGUUACAUCUAUCAGCGUUGUUAUAUAUUUUACAGAAACUGCUGCUCAUUUGUUCUUUAUCUCUGUAUGUUUCCACUAAAGACAAUUUUGUAAACUGUGCUUGAUUUUAAUUUUUAAAUAAACUAUUUAUUUUAAUUUGAUUUUAUUUACUGAGAACUAAUAAGCUCGUGAGAAUCAGAUAUCUUUUUUAUCUAGUAUUUUUAAUUUUUGGUAGCAAGAUAAAUUUGGGUAAUUUAAUGUGAAUGGAUACCAAAAUUUAACUGAAGCAAGAUUAUUUUUGUAAGACGUAUCCUGUGUCAUUUUUAUUGCUGAAAUAAAAAUGUGAUCAUGAUCAUCUUC